UAGCGGCAGAUAGCAGGAACUGAUACAACUGGGGUUGCAAGUCAAACUGAGAAACAUGGUUCAACAAGUCAACUUGAAACCGAGCUAGUCUUCUCAUUUACAGAACUGUAUUCACGUGUCGUGGAGAUACAUCUGCACUCUUUGGAAUACAGGUCUUAAUUGUUACUAGUAGUGGUGGCGGGUCAGUGGUGGAAGUACGAGAUGUAACUAUGGACAGCAGACUUAAAGAAAAGCCAGAAAGGACUGUUGAUCUAGCUCUAAAAGUGGAACGUCCUAACACAAAAAAUGAAGAUCCAGUGGUGCUGUGGAAGUUCCCGGAGGACUUUAGAGAUCAGGAAGUGCUGCAAACUGUGCCAAAGUUCUGUUUCCCUUUUGACAUCGAAAGGGUCUCCCAGAAUCAAGUUGGACAGCAUUUCACUUUUGUCCUUACAGAUCUUGAUGGCAAACAGAGGUUUGGAUUCUGUCGGCUAACAUCAGGAGGGAGGAUCUGCCUCUGUAUUCUCAGCUAUCUGCCAUGGUUUGAAGUUUACUAUAGACUCUUGAAUACAUUGUCUGACUACUUAGCAAAAGGACUGGAAAAUGAGUUGAAUGACCUGCUACAACAUCUGUAUGAUCACCCACUGCCAAAGCCAAAUACUCCCCUCAGUCUCAGUGUGACCCAAGAGGUGUGCAUUACAAGUGAGCAAAGACUACCAAACCAGCAAAGCCCGAUAAUGCAUUCAUACUUCAUUGCUCCUGAUUUGACAAAAUUACCUACAGUACCUGAAAAUAGAAACCUCACAGAAUACUUUGUAGCCGUGCAUGUGAACAACAUGAUUCAACUAUACGCUGCUAUGCUGCAUGAAAGACGCAUUAUUAUUACUGCUACCAAACUAAGCACUUUAACCGCUUGCAUUCAUGGGUCAGCUGCAAUGUUAUACCCAAUGUACUGGCAGCAUAUAUAUAUCCCAGUAUUGCCACCACAUCUGCUGGACUACUGUUGUGCACCGAUGCCUUAUCUAAUUGGAGUGCAUAUGAGUCUAAUGGAGAAACUGAAAAGUCAUGCAGUAGAAGAUGCAAUUAUCCUCAAUGUGGACACGAACACUUUUGAAACACCAUAUGAUGACAUUAAUAACCUACCAAGUGAAGUGGUCUGGGCACUGAAAAGCAAACUGAAGAAACAGUCCACAGCUAUGGGAAAUGGUGUAGCCAGAGCCUUCCUCAGGGCUCAAGCAGCUCUGUUUGGAUCAUACAGAGAUGCACUGAGAUACAAGCCUGGGGAACCAAUCACAUUUUGUGAAGAAAGCUUUGUGAAGCAUCGUUCCAGCACUAUGAAGCAAUUCCUAGAGACUGCAGUAAAUCUUCAGCUGUUUAAACAGUUCAUUGAGGGUAGACUACAAAAGUUAAAUGCUGGUAGAGGAUUCACUGAUGUCUUUGAAGAUGAGAUAACUCGUGGUGGUUUCUGUGGAGGAAAUUCAAAGUCUUAUCAUCAAUGGAUGCAAACAAUGAAGAAGGGCAGUGCACUGAUCAAUACUGCUGUCACCAAAGCAACGCCAGCUAUGAAAAAUGUAUACAAGUUUGCAAAAAGUCAUGCAAAGCAGGGAAUAAAAGAAAUGAAGAGCAAGUUAAAACAAAAGGACAGUGAUGAAGACAAUGGAACUUGCAUAGUAGGCUCCUUUCCAGUUGCCCAACCUCUUACAGCACAUGCAGGCAGAAGAUCAAACUCUGAGAAAAGGAGACUUGCUCAGACUCGGUUACACAGACCAGUAACUGCUGUAGGAAACCUUGACCAAAGCUUUGAUGAUGAUGAAGUGGACAACACUAGCAAAUUAUCUUCUGAAGAUGGGGAUGAAGCAUCAGGCUACACAUAUGAUAGUGAAGAGUCUGAUGAUAUGGGGCUGUCUUCUAAUUCAGGAGGUGAAAUGGACUUACUCGGCGAGAUUUUGGAUAGCUUAAGCAUACACAGCUCAGACCAGACACGAUUAUCUGGAGCCAAGAGUUUGGAUUUCUUCAAGUCUAUGGAUGACAUUGACUACAAGUCCACGAACAAAUAUAAUGCCCCAAGUGUGAGCAACCUGGAUCGGUUUGGUGAAAAUGAUGGUGACCAGAGGGAAUGGCAUCGAGGUCAGGAUGAUAGUGCAGUAAAUGGUAAGCAUUUGCCACCAACUCUAAGGAAACGGAUGUCAUCAUCAGACUCUGGAGAUUCAGUGCCAGUGGCAGACAUUGAAAAGAAACUGUCUUCGAGUUGCAGCAUCAUUAGUUUCCCAACAAUCACAGUAAAUUCUCAGUCACCUGCAGGUUCAACAACAUACUUGGAUUUUAUGGAGUAUUCCAAUGAGUUGGGAAAUAAAGAGGGACAGAUUGUCACUUAUGAGCAAACACUAACAAAUACCAUUCAAGAGCAUAAUCCAUCUAUGCGUCCAUUAUCCACUUUUGUCCCAUGGAGAAAAGACAACAGAGGAAGAAAUACAGAACUACUAAAGAAUACAUCACUGCAUGGACAAAUUCUGACUUUGUGCCAAGACAGUUCUGCUUUCCAUCACAGUUUCAACACAGAAGAAGCUGUAACUACCACCAAAAGCAGUGCAAAAAAAACGCAAGAUGAUAUAUAAAAUAAAGGAAAAAUAAAAUGCACUCACAUAAAAAAUUAAGGCCCUGAGUAGAAGUUUAGAUUGUUAACAAAUUGACUGAAAUUUGUGAAAGUCCAGGGAUACCAUUUUAGUAUUCUAACUCAUUCUGCAGUGCUAAAACUGAUGAUGGUAGAUAAACAUGGGUAGUUCAGUUUUAUCUUUUGCAGGAAAAGCUCUGAAAACAAACAUUACACUUACGUUAAUGGAAUGCUAUACAUGAAAGGUGAGCAGCAUUGUUAUAUAUUGCUUCAUGAGUUUUCCAUGCAAAAACCUGAAGUUUUAUUAAAAGAUAUGUGGCUGUUUAAAAUGCAUAGCUGAAUAAUAACAUUUAGUGUGAUCCAAAUUUUUGAUCUCUUGUAUUAUUUUAUUUUUUUCUGCAAACUUAAUGUCAGAAUUUGCCACACAUACAGACCAUCUGAAAAUGAAUUUUGUGAAAAUCAUAAUUAUUUUAUAUCCCGUUACAGCUUUCACUCCAUAAAGAACUUUGGCGUGUCUCCUGCCAUAGCAGAAAUCACUGUAAAGUACUUUUCUUGUCUAAAUUCUGCUCAUUGUCUAGCAGUUAUACUGCCCCAGUGCGCUUACAGAAAUUAUACAGCGUAAUACAUCAUUUAUGCAGUAACAAAAGAAAGGUGCUUGUUCCCACUAACUCAGUUUUUUUAAUUAACAUUGUCAUUGGUAGUGCCUUUAUUUUUGAUACUAAAGUUUUCCAGCAUGACUUUAGAGAUGUGAAGAACUUACUGCAUAUGUCUGUAUGCAUUUUAAUUAAUUACCGCUGCAGAACAAAAUAGUAGUACUAUAAAGAAUAUAGGAUUCAGACAAAUGAAUUAUUUGCCUUAGAAUUUUACACCUCCGUUUCAAAUGAGAGGUUUUGUACAGACCUGCAAUGGGAAAGAAAACCUGUGCAGUUUUGACUGUUUGCUAUAUCAUUUUACUGAAUUAUUAUUUAAAAAUCAAUAAUAUUAAGCUUAGCAAAGCACUGCUUGAAAGGGAAAAUCAACUGUAUAUAUAUUUUUUAAACGAAUCAUUCUCCUAUGGAGAUUUCGUUCAGGUAUUUUAAAAGUGGUAAUGCUGGGUUUAACUUCAGAAAAACUAUCAUAUUUUAGUGGCAAGGUACUCUCUCAUUUACUUGCUUAUUACAGACUGCUGAAAUGUCUGUUUAAAUAGGAAGAAGCUGUAUAUACUAUAUACAGCAACUUUUGAUGUGUAUUUCAUCCGCAUGGUACAUUUGAAGUAAGUGUUCUAAAGACUGAAUAAGUCUUAAGCAUCAACAGUAGUCAUGAAGAUUCAUUUAUUUCUCUAAUUUCUAAAUAUGGAUGUGUUGCAUGAGGAAGCCAGAGUCUGUGAGGUGUAAUACUUCAGAGUCUGUCUUCUGCACUGAUCCAUAGUUGUAUGCUUUAGUUACUAAGGCUAUGAAAAAAUCCAAAGUAAACCUGGUGUGAUAAUACAAAGGCAACUUAUAUGCAUUAGACAGAAAAUUUAUACUGAUGGCAGCACUCACAUACACUUUAGUUUUUCUAGAUGCCAGCUCAUGUUACGCAUCUAUGGAAUCAGGAAUUCAGCAAGUGGCAGAAUUCCUUUCUUUGAAAUUAGUUUGUAUACUGGAGGUUAUUCUCCUGUAAAUAUAUAAUCCUGCUGGUUUGCUUUCUGCUGUCUCCCUAACACAGAAAUACAACAAACACACUUGCACUUACAGACACACACACACACACACACACACACACACACACACACACAGAAUGUAGAAGGGGUGUAACUCAGUUUGUGAAGUUUGCACAUUGUGAUAUACUAGGGACAUGAAGUCUGACCUUACCUUAGUAAAAACCUUACCCAUUGGAGUGACCUUAAAACUAGUGGAUCUUUAUUUCUUCAUUUAUUUUAUUUUAUUAACAGGUCUAUCCCAAUGAGCCAAAUAUUAAUUUACAAGGGGCACCUGGAGAUAAAACCUCCAUAAUACUGGUCUAGUGAUAAUUUAUUAACAUAGACUACCAACUUAACUGUCUUUUUGACAUAUGGAAGGAAAAUGGGGUAUCUGUAGCCACCACAUUACAAUGGGUGUACUGAACCCACUCUACUCAUACAACAUUUAAAAGCCAAAAUAUAAUCUACUUUGCAACAACCUUCAACUUUCUCAAUAUAUUGCUUCUGAAAGCACUCUUCACCUGCUCUGUGCGAUUGAAAAUACUCCUAACUUUUGACUUGUUUUCUUUUCAGCAAAUCUAUAUGAGAAUAUAAAGGAGUGACUGUAGUAUCUGAGUAUCUUCAUGUUAGCUACUUUCCCAGAGUUCAUAACAGUCUAGCAGAUGACAUGAAUGGUACAGAUGUACACUACUACAAGAGGUCCGUAACUCUUAAUAUAGCAGUCAUUAUAAAACUCAGAAAGGAUCCUUCUUACAGUCGUGCUCACUAACAGACUGCCUUUCUUUUGUUCCAUAAUUAUCCAGCCUCAGACAAGUGUAGUUUUCUUACUCAACAUUCAGACUAUUCUUGAUGUUUUAGUUAGUAUUUGAUAGACUCAGUUAAGAAUCUCAUCCCUAGUGGUCAUCAUCGUCAUCUUUCUAGAGGGUAGUUAUUCAUUUUAACAAAUUUCAUACCAAACCAUCUCUGGUCAUUUCCUUUAUAAAAUUUGUAAUAUACACUGUAUUAAUGAGAUAAUUUGCUUCAAAACAGAGACACACAGCUGUUCGGCUGAUGGCAAGUAUUAGAAUUCAUUGCUAAUGAAUCACUUCCCAACUACUAUCUGUCUGUUUAUUAAUUGAGGGGCCAGUAAAUGUCAUCACAUGUUGAUCCUUCAAGGAGAUUCACCACUUCUGUUUAUUUUGAACCAUUCAGCAGUAUCUGUAUUUUGUCUGUUUACCUGUGGGGGAUGUCAUUAGAAAGUCUAUUCUAAGGUUCUUAUUUCCUGUUUGGAGUCUAAUCUUGUCCAGACUAUGAUAAUGUCUCUGUUUUGAUGGCGGUAGUGUCUGCUGUCUUUAGUCCAAAUUCUCUGGAUAACUAUUUCUUACACAACAAUAAGAAGAUAUGCUAAAUUGCCUAAGGCUUUUUCCAUUGUGUCUAGAUAUCUCGUGACAGUGGAUCGGUUUCACUGCACAGUCAUUUAGUGGCCUCUUUCUUAAACAUGUAGGAACAGCUAAAACCCAGUUUAAAAUAAAUAAUGACAUUUUUUGGUAGAAAUUAUGCAAAUAACAUCAUGUAAAUAUGUCCUACGCAGGGAUAGAUUCCCAUGAUCAGACAUGUCAGUGAUGUGUUAAUCAAAUCUGGUACUCCAGAACUUGUUUCUAAAAUUUCCAUUCAAUACUUCCCUGCUUAGGAUAUCUGAAUCCCAUUGGCUGUAACAUUUAUUCACCAUAUGCUGUGAAUACAUCACUGUAUUUAUCCUAUUGCCUUAAAUUCUGCUCAUCCAAGAUGAAAUGUAGGAAUGUCAGAAACCAACAGGAUGGGCUGGGUGCGCAGAAGUCAUGGAAAGAGGCAUAACCAGUAAAAGACAGAAUGCUUUUUUAUCUCUGUACACAAACUUGAUAUUAACCCUUCUAACUUUGUAUAUUAAUGAGGCAUUUAUGGAGGAAAAGUAUCUUUUCAAGAUGUGAACAGGAUGAAGUUGUUUUGAUAAAGGACAAUACCACUACCUAGAGGUCUGUUGGCAUCCAUUUGAAGACAGAUUAAAUAAAUUAGUGUGUACACCCUUCUAUACACAAGAAGAGUUAGAUGAUAGUAAAUCUCUGGAUUCUUUACAAUGUCCAUAGGUUAGCAUCUUUCAGGAGAAAAGAUUUGCAAGAACAAAAGGGAAAAAAACAUUUGAUAUAGAGGUAACUGGGUUACUUCACAGAGAGUCUAAUGUAUAUUUUAAAUUGCUUUCCUGAAUGCCUCAGGAUCUGAACUAAUGAAGGAAGUCAACAAGUUCUUGGAAUGGCAUAGGACAUUUUGUGUAGGUUGAACAACACUGCAGCUAAAUUAUGAAAUGGCAUAUUUUUCAUUAGACAUGGAAGUGGCUAGUACAUGUAAUCCUUAACUGAAGUUAGACUCUUUUUCAUGUUAAUUUAGUCCAAAAAUGGAGGAGACAUGAUUUUUAUGGAUGUCUUGUGAUCUUUGAACCCAGUUGCCAUCAUUGAAUGAAUUCUGCCCCCAUCCCAUCAACUUUUUAGGGGGUAUGUCUUGUAGCACUGAAAAGCCUGAUGCAACCUAAUGUCUAUAUUAUGUGCUUAUGUAGAGCCAUGUAGAGAAAAAUAAAUAUGUUUGAGGUGUCAUAAUAGAUCUUGAACACUCCACACAUAGUAGAUGGAACUUCUACACAAAAGGUUUUCUUGGCUGAGUGGCUUAUGUUUUUAGUCUUUUGUGUGAAAAUCCCCACCAAAUAUUUUUGCUUUCUGCUGCACAUUAUUUUAGAUUACCUUCACUUACUGGACUAAAGUCUUCAGUAUUCAUUGGUCAGAAGGCUUUUGUGGUCCUUUAUAGCCUGUCAUCCAGCUUCCAUUCUUUUAGAGAUAAUUUAGACAUACUCUGCCCACUAGUCAGGAAGCCUGGUACUCCACUGUUAUCCAUUUGAUCUUAACGUUUUGUGUACUGACAAAUGAGUUUACGUGUUGCUGCCAUUUCCAACCUGUAAAGUCUAUGAGAACCUUUUAUUUGUAGGAAAAGAUAAUAAUACUGUUCAUCUGUCUUGGGAUUCUUCAGUAGUGAAUAUUAGAAUUUCUUCUCUGUCAGCCUGCUGAUUUCCUUACCUUAUUCACUGAUAUUUGGAAUGAGAUCACUUUAUUUGCACCUGUUUCUGGCAUAACCUUUGCAUUUAUAUUGAUGGAGAGGAAUGUACAGUAAACUGGAUCAUCACAUUGCUUUUUUAAAUGGACUGUAUCUCAGUUAGCUGGCUAGUAUCCAGACCACUCCAUCGAGGAUUAUGGUUACAUAUGUAAUUCUGCUACUUCAGCUUUGAUAGCUUCACUAAUUCCUGUACCAUUACAGUGAUGUCUUCUUCAUUAGCUGGUAUUUAUGUUGUACCAAAGGCAGUUAUAUGCACAACAGCUACACUAAGAAUGCUGUUCACCUCUGUGAACAGCUUCCUCCAUAUGCUCACAGAAUUGCCACAAUUCUGUUAUCAAUAUUUUUAAAUAUUUUUGUUUUGCUUGUUUCAAGGAAUAAUUGGGUCCGCUCUUCUUGAGGAUUAAUGCACUUUGUAUUCUCUCAGUGAUCAGAAUUUAAUGGUAAAAGUCUAAAUCAGAGGAAAAAAAGUAAAAUAAUGGUGUAUAGAGUGUUUACUUAGAAAAUUAACAUUUUACUUAUGCAGUGCUUGAGACAGGACUGAAUGGUAAAAAAGUACAUAGUAAAAAUGAUAUAAAUUAAUUGAGUAACAGUGUGAGCAAUGUCUGCAUAGUCAUACUUACAGCACAUUAUUCCAACUGAAAAGCUUUGCACACUUUAUUCAGGAAUACCAUUAGUAUUUUUAUCUAGUUCUUUCUCCAAACUUUGACUAAAUUCUGAUUUUUCUUGUGUGUUCCAAAAAUGAAGGUAUGUAACAAGGACAUGUGGGCUCUUAAUUUAUACAGAAUGCAUUAUCAUACUAUGCCUAAGCUACAAACAUACUUCAACUUGACAGUCUGAAAAAAUCAUAUUAAGUCUUACUUGCUACUUGAUAAGAAAUUGGUUCUCAGUUCUAUCAUUUGUGAUGCAAACAAACACUUCUGCAUACUAAAAUGUGCUAUGAUUAAUGUAUUGAUUGCAUAAUGGAUGGAGGCAUUGCAGUAAAGAGACAGUGACAGCGUUUUAUAAUGUUCUUGAUCAGUACAGAUAAUCUGCAAUUGAUGCAUAGUGGCAGACGCAUCAUUAGUUCUUGGGCAGCUACUUUUCCUUUCCUGAUAGAAGUAAUAAAUUACAGAUGACAUGUACACUGUGUUAUAACAUUUGCCAAUAGCAGUGUACCUAUUUGAGUUGACUUAAAUAUUUGCAGUAUUAAUCGACUCUCUAUUAGAUACUUGAGUAUUCUUCCAUUUUCAUGUAGGAUAGUACCAUUUUCUGCCACCAUGUUUGUACAUGCCAUAAACAUUUUAUUGGUUUGCUGGCCCUAUUUUUUGAUGUUUGGAGAAACUCUAUAACACCUCUGUUUUCACAUUUUGUCUUAUCUAAUUAAAUAUUAUAUUUUCUAAACUUACACUCUGUCUUGCCAGUUAUGCUGCUUGUAUGGUUUAGAACACAACUAGGCUGCUGUGGAUUAAUAGCUAUUUGAAUCUACUACUAGGAAAACAUUUAAAGAGGGAACGUGCUAAUCUCUUGAAAUAAAAGAAAAAUAAGUAGCGGGGCACAUCCUUAAAAAUAUGAUGUUCUCCAGAUUCCAUAAAGUGAAUAAAUUCCUUGAUUGUUUCGUUAAAACCUAUAUUAUAUUCAUUAAUCUUUAGCAUUUCGUUAUGACAUCAUCAUCAUGAUUUAUUGCAAAUGAAGAUGGUUUGAGCACAUUUUGUUUUGCAUGCAAACACCCUUAUGAAGAGUUGAGCUGGCUUCUCUAUUCAUUAUAUACAAAUGUUAUACUAGAAUAGAAAUUAAAUUAAAUGCACACCUUACUAUGGUCUGCUUUCUUAAAACUGGCUACACUGUAGUCAUGAUGUAAUGAAGUUUCCAUUCCAGCAGACACAGAUGUAAUUUUUAUUUGUCUGUAGUGAGGUUCCCCUUAUAAGUGCAGUUAAGACAAGACAGUGAAAGCAAAGUUUUUUAAAAAAACUUGAAAAGUUUAAACAUUUUUUCUGUUUGACUGUGUAUUUAAAUCCAUGCUGUUUCUCAAAACAAUGUGUAUUAUGUUUGUGUCACUAUGUACCCAAUUUACACUUAGAAUUCUGUAAUAUGUAUGUAUUUCUGAUGCCUUUUAUUGCAGCUGCUUGACUGUCUGGGCCUGAUUCCAAACCAUGUAAGUGACCACUUACACUGAAAAUAGGCUCCAAGCAGGUCUUUUGUAAUCUGGCGCCAGGUGUGAGACUGUUAUUAGAUAGGUCUUGCACUGGAAUAAGUAAAUUGCACUGAGAGAAAGUCUUUCAGAAUCAGGGCAAACUAACACUGAGAGCAACUCUUUCGGAAUCUGUCAUUCUGUGUGUCUUUGUUGUAUCACUCAGACUGUGGCUGAAAAGGUCUUCAGUGCAUCAGUUCACUACCCCAGUUAACAAAAAUGAAUAAGUAACAUUCUAUAAUCUGUGCAAUGGUUGACAGACAUAAAAGAGAUGAAAAAUAAAAGAUGACAUUUAAUGCUAUAUUCGUACAGGUAUAAUGCAGAAUUAAUUUAUGCAUUUUGCCCCCCAAGUAUUUCUGUUCAUUUUAUCAAUAGAUAUGUACCAUUUUGGUCAGUCUUCUAUUUGACACUUUUCUUAGAAAUAUGCAUAGUUACAACAUUAAAACUGAUGUAGUUCUGCUAAUUUAGGGCAUUAGCCUACUUAAAAAUGCAGAGCCAUUCUAAGCUGUAGUUAUCAUGUGUACUUCAAUUCUUCACAUAAUAUUUUAAUCCCAACAACAUAUACAAUUUAGAAAUAAAAAAUGUGCCUUUGUACU